UCCGGUCACAAGUGAAAUUCCCGGGGCAAACGAAGUGUUCCGAUGACCGAAUCAUCUGUUUCCUGAAUAGGUUGAAAUAGUCCGCAAUCUUUUAAUUACUAGAAGAAACAGUCUUUUCCCGCACCUUCCUGGUUGCAUAGCAGCAGGGCGCGGGGGCUGGACUAUGAAGUGUGACAGCAGCCAGAAGAGAGUCUAGACAAGCUUGUCUGUGGAAUCUAUCACUGGGACUGUACAUAAAACAUUACCAUUAUAAUCAGAGCGCGCCCCUCGGUGAAGCGGAGACGUUGGCGGUCCUCUCCACCUGGCUGCUUCCCUGAUCGACGCGGGGGGGCAGGCCACUGUCCCAAAGCGGCGGGGCGGUCGAUGUGACCCUCGUGGCAGGCUGAUGAAUUCGCCUCACAGGGAGAUGAGAGCUGCGUGUGAAUGAGGUUUGGUUCCGGUUAUGUGCCAUGGGCUACGACGUCACCCGUUUCCAAGGGGAAGUGGACGAGGACCUGUUGUGUCCCAUCUGCAGCGGGGUCCUGGAAGAGCCUGUGCAGGCCCCGCACUGUGAGCAUGCCUUCUGCAACGCCUGCAUCACGCAGUGGUUCCAGCAGCAGCAGAUCUGCCCGGUGGACCGCACCGUGGUCACGCUCGCCCACCUGCGGCCCGUGCCCCGCAUCAUGCGCAACAUGCUGUCCAAGCUGCAGAUCGCCUGCGACAACGCCGGCUUCGGCUGCAAGGCCGUGCUGCGCCUGGACCAGCUGCAGUCCCACCUCAAGGACUGCGAGCACAACCCCAAGAGACCCGUGCUGUGUGGGGAGGGCUGCGGUCUGGAGAUGCCCAAAGACGAGAUGGUCAAUCACAACUGCAUAAAACACCUGCGCGGCGUGGUGCAGCAGCAGCAGUCCAAGAUCGGCGAGCUGGAGAAGACCGCAGCCGAGCACAAGCACCAGCUGGCUGAGCAGAAACGUGACAUCCAGCUCCUGAAGGCGUACAUGAGAGCGAUCCGCAGUGCCAACCCAAACCUGCAGAACCUGGAGGAGACCAUAGAGUACAAUGAGAUUCUAGAGUGGGUGAACUCCCUGCAGCCGGCCCGUGUGACGCGCUGGGGCGGGAUGAUCUCCACGCCGGACGCGGUGCUCCAGGCCGUCAUCAAGCGCUCGCUCAUCGACAGCGGCUGCCCGCUCUCCAUCGUCAACGACCUGAUCGAGAACGCGCACGAGCGCAACUGGCCGCAGGGCCUGGCCACGCUGGAGACGCGGCAGAUGAACCGCCGCUACUACGAGAACUACGUGGCCAAGCGCAUCCCCGGCAAGCAGGCCGUGGUGGUGAUGGCCUGUGAGAACCAGCACAUGGGCGAGGACAUGAUCCUGGAGCCCGGCCUGGUCAUGAUCUUCGCCCACGGCGUGGAGGAGAUCCUAUAAUCCUGAGGGAGGGAGAUGGGAGGGGAGGGAGAGAAGGCCAGGGUCGGUGUACAGGUCGCAAAAAAAAAAAUCCCUGAUUAAUCCUGAAAUACCGAUUUGUUUUCUUCAGGCCCUGAAUGUGGUAGCUUGGGUGUGCCAGAGCUUCUGUGCUGUUUGACAGCUUAUUGCUUUCUUGCCGAUCAUUAAAUAUGCCAGCAAUAACGCCAAAUACCGGGCGUCUGAAAAAUCCGUUUUUCGUGAUGAAUUAGGGAAAAUCCGAAAUCAGGAAGGGUCACGUCCCACGAGAAGCGUCUUUCGUUUCGCCACUGAGACGUGGCCUUCCACGGCACACGCCCAGGCUGUCUCCAUGACGACCUGAUGAGCAGAGGGAAGAAAGGGAAUUAAUAUUAAGAACCCAAAGAGAUGGAGGAUGGUCCCAUCAUGAGACGUUGGAAUGGGUUAAAGAAAGACGUCCUCCCUAGAGACUUGGGUGAUCAGCCCUCUCCCUCCCUCUCGCCACCAACAAACUCUUCCUCCCUUAACCCCCCCCCCCCCAAAACGCUUCCUAACUGCAAAUGCCCUUAAUAACCAGAAUGUAAAUACAAAUAUAUAUAUAUUAUAAAAGAUAUAUACAUAUUAUCAAAAAUCAGUAUAUAAUCAAAAGGUUAUUAUUUGCGGUAGUGUUUUGUUUUGGUUGACUGAGCGACUGAGCAGUGUAUGUUUUUUGUGUGAUGCCUCGUACCGGAGCGCAAAACAGGCUGUUCCCUGCCUCACUGAAACCCAGGCCAUCUGUGGCGGCCAUUUUGUGAAAAGUGAAGAGAGGGGAAAGGAAUGGGAAUGAGUGGCAGGACGUUGGCUGGUUAUUGCCCGCCCCCUCGGUCUCGGUCUCGUGGCAGAGAAGAUUGUAGGUAACCUGAUUGGUUUGAGAGACGACAGUGUUUUCCAGUCUGUCUUCACCAUUUCACUCUGUCUUACCUCACCGCCAGAAUUCAAACUGUCAGGUACUGUGUAGGUACCACAACCCAUUUAGGAACCUGUUCAUUGAGUGUGGUUCCCACAUAGUUUUCAACCCCCCUGAGGUGAAGUGUAGAAAAAUGGAAACUGCCCGGCCUGAGAAUGCCCACCCCCCGAAAAAAACUGAUCCUCUCUCCCCCACGGGAGGCCUCGUUCCCCUUCCUUACACACCUGUUCCGCGUUUCCGCCUGGAGGAGCAGGGGUCAGAUCCCCGCCACAUUGCCACAGCGAUUCCCGGGGUCAUCCCGGCACACAGCACUUGAAAAUGACUCGCCUCCCCAAAUAAGGACUGAUUUCAAAGAUAAAACAAAUAAAACCAGAAAGGCCUUUUUCACCUGCAGGAGGAAGGGCCACACACAUCUGCUUGCAGUGUCAGCAGGAAUCCUGAUGGUGGCGUCCUUUCUUUUGGUUUUCUUCUUUUUUUUGAAAGAAUAAAUGUUUGUUUCCUGAAGCUGCAGCUAGGCGUGUGGUUUGGGAAUCCAAAGAACAGGAAUUUGCAAUUGGGAAAGAUGAGAGAGGGCACAUAAUCUUCUCUGUGCAGUGACAUUUUAACGGAUUAUGGUGUUUUGACGUGAAGGACUCUAUUCAUUUACAUUUGUGGACUUCUGUGCCAUGCUUUUUUAUUUUGUUUACUAGUGAACACUACAGUGCUUGACGACAUGUUAAUAAUUUGUACAUUGUAUAUUUUUUUCUGCACAGUUGGUUCACCUUGCUAGGACAUAUUUUCUCUCUGCUGUUUUCUCUUGAUAACUGUUGUAUAUAGUUACUGACAAGUGGGUCCAGUUGUGUUCUUUUUGGUCCAAUCCGUCUCGUAGGCAAAGCACGCUUUUGAGGGAAUUGUUAAGCAUGCAUGUCAGUUUCAUAUCCGGCAUAAUACAUAGCAAAGUACACAAAAUCCCUCAUAGCCCAAAGUUCAGUUUGGUUAGUUUUUGUAACUAUUUAAAGAGAGUUGUGUCACACUUUGUUUUUUUUUUAUUAUUCUGUUUUUUUAUUCUUUUUUUUUUUUUAAUGGAGGUGGUGUUUAAAUUGCUCAGUGCUACACUAUUAAAAAUGCUUUCAGAAUUGUAAUAUUGUUACUGACCACUUCAGAUGGCUCACCUGCAGUCUGAUAAUAGCUGGGGAAAUUGGCACACAAUUUUGUUAAAACGAGGAUCAUUGAUUUAUUGAGAGAAAUGGUGCCAAACUGUGCUGAGACAAUUAUAAAGUGUGUGCUGCCUUAUGAAUCACUCUUGUGCAGUUGGCCGUAGGGCAUGUGCCCGCCUCAGAAGCAGUUAAUGUGGAGUACAUGGCAGGGGUACAGAAUGGGCAUGGGCUACAGGCAUCAGACCACUGCCAAAUUGUGAGCCAUUAUGUUUCAUAGCUGCAGUGAUCUUGUAAACAAAGAAUGGAAUUAUUUAGCUCCCAAUAGGCAUUCAUAAAAUGCAGAGCAUAUAAGCUUGUGGGUUGGCUUGGAUAGAGUGAGUGUGAAACAAAAUGGCCAUAGGUCCCUGACAGGCAGGCAGUUGGGCAAAGCACCCUUUGGCAACUGAGCAACCAAAACAAAAUGGCAGCAAUUCCUCCCUCUAUUGUGACUGUCUGAGUAGCUCCCCCAAAUAAAUACAAUACAUGUGUCUUACCAGUAGGUGGUGACAAAGGCACUUUGGAGGAAGCACUGUUUGAAUUGGAGCCCUGAACCAUACUGGUUGCUGUUUGGUUGUUCUCUCCCCCCUACCUUUGUACUGUGAGGCACUGAGUAAAAUAUUAUUCAUUUUAACAGUAUAACAAUCCUGUUUAUCCUUACCCCCUUUAUGAGUAAAACCAAAACCAUUCUGAGUAGAAUUAUCUUGUUCUUUUCUUUUUCCGGUAAAUAUGAUGAACCGUUGGUUUGUAUUAAAAGGUGCUUUAAUAGCACAUUUCCCUUUUUUUAUUCUUUUUUAAUCCUCAGAUUAUGACUGAAUGUUUUGUCUGGAUUUGUUUUUCCGUGAUGUCACCACACGAUGUUAAACUGCUAUGGACUAGGGAGAGAUAUAUUUACCCAAUGUAAAAUAAUUUUGAGAAAGAUCAAUCAGGCUACUCCCAUUACAAUCUUAUUGAAAUUUUUGCUGAUGUGAUUAAUUUUUUUCCUUUUCUGUGUAGUUUAUUGAAUUCACUUUGAAUUUGGCUCAUCUUGUGUUUACUGUCUUGCUAUUUUUGCUUGCUGUAAAGUUUAAUUGUCAGAGCAGGGGAGGAAAGUAGAUUUUCUUCUGUGUGCUAACGGGGCUGCAGUUCUUUAUUCCGACGUUAAAAUGUUCAAAAAUCGACCGCACAAGGUUCCAUUUCCACACACGAUUGUUAUGUGUACGGCGUAUUUAAAUGAAGCAGCGCCUAAUCACAACGCCCAAUCCCCUUUAUCCGUUAUUGGAGUUCACUUAAAGGAGGCCACUGACUGAAGCACUAUUGAGUUGGACGGAUCAUUUCCACGACCGUCACACUGCUCUUAAUUUACAUGCUUGAAAUCUUCGAAUUAUUUGAAUAGGAAAUGGGCGAACCAUACACCCUCUCUUCAGUUCAUUAUCUUUUUAUAUUUCCACCCAGCACACCUGCGGCCAAUUAUAGCUACUUUUCUGAAAGUCAACGGGAUAACGCUCAAAUGCAGCUAUAGCAGUCAAUUCUGGAAAGACGGGAGGAGGUGGGGGGCGAUGGAAAGAAACUGUUUACAUAAAGAUUUUUGUACUGCACAUGC